GCCACACUCGUGAAGUGACGUGAACGGUUGACGAUGCUAAAUGGCAGCACUUGAAAUAGCCCUACCUGGCAGCCCGCGCACACACUCGCUGAUGCGAUCACAGCCCCAUUAAGCUGCGUUUCAGCUCCGCGGCGCUGGACAGCUCCUCAGCCUCCUUUCCUUUUUGGUUUCUUUUUUCUUUUUUCCUCCAGGAUUUGAAUUUGUUGGAGAAAAGAAAAGUUUCAUUUGUUGGUUGCAUUUUUUUCUCUCUCUCUCCACCUUUCAACUUCAAGGAGCUCACACUUUAAAGAUGGAUAUUGAUCGACCGACAAACGUCUCCUUUUUUGAUUUUGUUGGAGGAGUUCAGCUCCUCCAGGGGGAGGACACCCGCGCGGCCAUGCCCGUCAUCCUGAUCGGGAUCUGCGUGUCCGGGGCGGUUGGGAAUUUGCUCGUCUUGCUGAUUUUCAUACGUGACUUCAGAAACGGAAAGGGCUCCGAGGUGAAAGCGCUCCUCGCCUCCCUGGCUUCCACGGACCUGGUGAUCCUGCUGCUGUGCGCCCCCGUGCGCGCAGUCACCUACUACAAGCAGACCUGGACCAUGGGCAGCUUCGUGUGCAGCACCACGGACUGGUUCCAGCACUCGUGUGUGGUUGCAAAAACUUUAAUCCUGGCAGCCACCACCAGAGCCAAACACACUCUGAUCCCCAGCACCGCCGCGGGGCCCCUCUACAGCCCGACAUGGAUCCACGGAGCCCUGGCUUUCAUUUGGAUCGUGUCCAUGAUGUUCCCCAUCCCUCAGAUGCUCUUCGCCUCUAUAGUGCCGCAUGGCAGCGACACUAUUUGCGUCUCACAAAUGCCAGUGUGCGCGUCUGACUUCAUGAGUUUGUUCUACAAGAUUUACCCAACUGCAACAUUCCUGGUGCCGGUCAUCUUCACAGUUGCCUACUACACCAAGACGCUGCACACUGCGGUGAACCACGCACCCAGCCCUCGGCACCAGAGCAAGGUUAUCCUGGUUUUAUUGUGUCUGAGCGGGGCCCUCGGGCUCAUGCUGCUCCCAGAGUGGGGGACAUUCACUUGGAUCAGACUCGGGUACAACAAACCUCCCGUGGGUUUGUUGAUCUUUGCGCAGGUCCUCCUUUACGCAUGCAGCUCCCUGUCGCCGGUCAUCUUAAUGACCAUGUACGACGACGUGCGCCAGGGACUGAUCACCAUCUGGUUCGUGACGACCUGCAGGAGCGCGAAGCAAGUCCGGUGCAAGAAGUGUCCCAAAACGGAGGGGAACGGAGCGGAGAUCGUGGCGAACGCCGUCGCCAACGCUGUAACGCAGGAGAACGAGAAGACGUUCCCAGAUGUGGAGCACUUCUGGACAGGGCGCAGGAAUACGCAGGUGGAGGAGGAGCAGGAUCCGAUUCCAUGGGAGAAAGAGGAGAAAAUGUUGUAAAUAAGUGAAAUGUAUCUUCUUCUUCUGUUUUUUAUUGAGUAGCAGGAAAGUUCAGCCUGAUCUCGGCUGGUUUCUAGUUCGUCCAGACCCUCGUUGAAAGGCUGUAGGGGCCUGUUUGCUGUCGUGAGCUUGAUUAGAUGUGAACCAAACCCGUGCACCAUCAUGUGAUCUGUUUUAAAUACCUGUUCAUGCCUAAAGUUUUGAUGCACUGUUCAGUAGGACACGUUUUACUGUAUAGAAGAGGAGAUUUGUACAAAGUGUAAAUAUCCAGGACAUUCAAGCAUCAAGUUGUGAUGUGUGUGAUGUAUUAUGAUAUUAAAACCUUCUCAAAUAUG